GCUCUUCUGAGCAGCACGAAUGUAGAAAACGCGUUUACAGCAGGUCCUUUUUUUUUUUUUUUUUUUUUUUUUUUUUUUGGGUUAACAGGAGUUUAGAUUAUUUAGAGGCAGCUUUAUGUUGGAACAAAUCGCUGGAGCGAAAAAAAGGAAAGGGAAUACAAGACGCCUGCAUCUAUUCCCUCAGCCAUGUUGCCUGCGCCCGGCUGAGGUCUAUUCAUUCUCGGAAUGCAAACCAACCGCGACUCCGUGCCAAACAAGUGAAGCGGAGAUGGGUCUGUUCUUCAAGAUCUGAACUGUUUCCAGCGCUGCAGCCUGUGUUGACAGGGGGAGGGGGAGAAUGGAGUGCUACCUGUUGGGGAUUUACCUGUUCCUCGCGCUCGCCCUGCUGUCCCGCUCGAGCGGCACCACGGCCAAGGACAUCACCUGUCAGGAGAUAGCCGUUCCUCUGUGCAAGGGCAUCGGCUACAACUACACCAACAUGCCCAACCAGUUCAACCACGACACGCAGGAUGAAGCCGGCUUGGAGGUGCACCAGUUCUGGCCUCUCGUGGAGAUCCAGUGCUCUCCGGAUCUCAGGUUCUUCUUGUGCAGCAUGUACACCCCCAUAUGCCUUGAGGACUAUAAGAAGCCCCUGCCGCCGUGCCGGAGCGUGUGCGAGCGAGCCAAGGCGGGCUGCGCCCCGCUCAUGCGGCAGUACGGCUUCCCUUGGCCGGAUCGAAUGAGGUGCGAUAUGCUGCCCGUGCAGGGAACAGCAGACACGCUGUGCAUGGACUACAACCGAACCGACUCCACUACAGUCUCGCCGGUGCUGUCCAAACCCACCAGCCACCCCAGCAAAGCCUUUAAUCCACACACAAAGAAAAGCGGGCGACCCAAAGCGAGUAAACCCUGCGAGCCGGGCUGCCAGUGUCGCGCGCCGAUGGUGGCGGUGAGCAGCGACCGACACCCGCUGUACAACCGCGUCAAGACGGGUCAGAUCCCGAACUGUGCCAUGCCGUGUCACAACCCGUAUUUCACCCAGGACGAGCGGACUUUCACGGUGUUCUGGAUCGGACUCUGGUCGGUGUUAUGCUUCAUAUCCACCUUAGCCACCGUCGCUACAUUUCUAAUCGACAUGGAGCGCUUUAAAUACCCCGAGCGCCCGAUUGUUUUCCUCUCGGCGUGUUAUAUGUUUGUGUCGGUCGGGUAUAUCGUGCGAUUAAUUGCUGGACACGAAAAAGUGGCGUGCAACCGGGAGUAUGACGUGGAGCACAUUCACUACGAGACCACCGGUCCCGCGCUGUGCACCGUUGUGUUUUUGUUAAUCUACUUCUUCGGCAUGGCCAGCUCCAUAUGGUGGGUCAUCCUCUCGCUCACCUGGUUCCUCGCGGCGGGCAUGAAGUGGGGCAACGAGGCCAUCGCGGGCUACUCUCAGUACUUCCAUCUGGCCGCCUGGGUCAUCCCGUCCAUGAAGUCCAUCGCCGUGCUCGCGCUGAGCUCGGUGGACGGCGACCCGGUCGCCGGGAUCUGCUACGUGGGCAACCAGGACUUGGACAACCUGCGGGGCUUCGUGCUGGCGCCGCUAGUGAUCUACCUGUUCAUCGGCACCAUGUUUCUUUUGGCCGGAUUCGUGUCGCUGUUUAGGAUCAGAAGUGUCAUUAAGCAGGGUGGCACUAAGACGGACAAACUCGAGAGGCUGAUGAUCCGAAUCGGGAUCUUCACGGUGCUCUACACGGUUCCCGCCACCAUCAUCGUGGCGUGCUACUUCUACGAGCAGCACAACAGACAGAGCUGGGAGAUCGCUCAUAACUGUUCGUGUUUGUUGGAGCAGGAGAUGAGGAGGCCGGACUAUACCGUCUUCAUGCUCAAAUACUUCAUGUGCCUUCUGGUGGGCAUCACCUCUGGAGUUUGGACCUGGUCCGGUAAGACCCUGGAGUCCUGGAGGAGUUUAUGCACGCGCUGCUGCUUGGGCAGCAAGGGCUCCGGUGGCUCCAUGUACAGUGACGUGAGCACGGGGUUAACGUGGAGGACCGGGACCGCCAGCUCGGUGUCCUGCCCCAAGCAGAUGCCUUUGUCCCAGGUGUGACAAAAGAAAGCCCUGUUAAUUGUUAGGGGGUCUCUCUCAGUCGUUUGCAUACAGAUGAACGUGUUGAUGGUUUCUGUUAGCGGACGAACUGCUCGAAACAAUGCGGCGAUGCAGAAACAAUUACCUCUCGCCAAUUCCACUCUAUUGAUAUGGACAUCGGUCAUUCUUAAGGAGAAUCCGGGCAUUACAUGUUUCCUAGUGGAGUAACACAUGUCCCCAACUUGCAGCAUUUCGUGUCAUUUACUUUUACACGUUGUUGGAAGACGAGAUUUGAAUUGUCUGAACAAUCAAAGAUGGUUUAAAUAAGUCGUAAUGUUUUAGUGUCCUAUUAUCGUUAAUGUUAUUAUAUACGGGUUGUUUUUAUUGUUAAAUGUAUUUAUUCAAAAUUGUAAAUGGUGUAUAAAAGAUGAUUUAUAAAAUGAUUGUAAAUAUAGUAUGCCAAAUAUGACUUUUAUUUUAACAAUAAACUCUUUUUGAAGAAUCUGAAUUUCCUGAAGUGCUGCUUUAGUGCUGAGGGUUCUUCUGGUGAGGUGUGCUCCGCGUCGGCUCUUUGUGGUCAUUCCUAUUGAAGAUGCUUUUGUGGGAGAAACUCUUUCUGAGAUCGUCUUUGAGAAUCUCCAUAAAUGUUGAAUCCUUCAUGUGCUUGCUACUUAAUUUACUAAAAGGGGGCUGGGGAAUGGGGUUUAAAUGCAGGAAACUGGUCCUUUUCAUCUGGGGAAACUUUGAUCUUUCUUUUAA